AAUGGAUGCUUUCUGACUUCAUCAAAAACAGCUUUGUGGAAAAACCAGAAUUCUGAGACAGCCUACCCAAUUUGUGACAGCGAGAGUGACAUUGACGAUAAGGCUUCUGAAGGCUCAGAGAAGCUCUUCUCACCUGCCGCAACUAAAGGUCCGGCCUCGAAUGACAAAGCCGAAGCGAAAGCAGGAGGUCUCCUCAAGGUGUCUGGGCUGGAGCGCAGCCAGGAACUGAACACUGACGUGCCCUUUGUGCUGCCACUCCACAGCCCCCCGCCGACCACGACCGUCGUGACUUCCAGCUCCUCCGCGCCCACGUCAAGCGCUCGGGCGAGCCCGCUGUUGAAAAAAGAGCCAUUGAUCUCAGCACCAGCACCGCCGAGGCUCACCCCUCGGCCCCAGUCGCAGCCCCAGCCUCGGCCCCAGUCGCAGCCCCAGCUGCUCCCUGAGCUUCGGACGCAGCCUCCGAGCCACCUGCCCUUGCCGCUUGGUUACCAGGUGCAUCACCAGGUGGCCCACAACGGACUCAAUACGAUCAGCAGAAGCAGCAGCGCCAGCAGCGCGACAAGCAUCAGCCUCCCCAAACACCUCCCCCUCUCACCCCAGAUCCCUCCCCACCAUUCUUCUGGCCCUGCUUUACCCCUCUCCAUCUCGAACCUCGCUGCCUCGCAUUUCCCUCUCCGAUCGCAGUCCCAACACCAGCACCAUCCGGCCAUGUUUGCCACCCCUCCUACGCUCCCACCUCCUCCAGCGUUGCCCACCAACAGCCUUGUGAUCCCAGGUCACCCUGCAGAUCACGAGGUGCUCAGGCAAGAGCUGGACAACCGGUUUUUGGUUCAGAGUUCGGACCGGGCGGCCGCCUCUCUCGGCCCGGUGCCGCUGCUCAGGGCGGAGUUCCACCAGCACCAACACACCCACCAGCACCAACACACCCACCAGCACACAUUCACACCUUUUCCAUCCGGCCUGCCCCAGAUGCCGCCCUCCGCACCUCCCCUGGUGCGUACCCCCUCUCAAAAUUUCGACAAGUACGCUCCCAAACUGGAUAACCCUUAUUUUCGACAUUCCAAUUUCUUUCCAAGCUACCCUCCAGCAAUGCCUGGAAUGCCGCCCAUGCUUCCACACUCAGGUCCCUUCGGGUCACUACAGGGAGCAUUUCAGCCGAAGACUUCGAAUCCAAUUGAUGUUGCCAGUCGGCCCGGUGCAGUACACCACACUCUUCUUCAGAAGACCCCGGGGGUAUCUGAUCCUUAUCGGGCUCCAGUACGAAAACCUGGCAAAUGGUGUGCUGUCCACGUUCAGAUUGCAUGGCAGAUCUACCACCACCAGCAGAAGAUAAAGUACCUCCUGUGGAAUAUGGAGUGUUAUCCUGUUCAGAGUGAAAUGAGCGGUACGGUGAAGGACAUUUUACAAAACAUAGAGCAGCAAAUGCAGCUGGAUCCCCACAAGCUAGAAAUUGGGAAGCUUGAUCUGUUCAGCCGACCUCCUGCCCCUGGGGUGUUUCCAGGGUUCCAUUACCCUCAAGAUCUUGCCCGGCCUCUCUUUUCUACGACAGGUUCUGCCCACCCGCCUACCACUCCCUUUGGACCCUCACCACAUCACAGCAGCUUCCUGCCUACGAGCCACUUGGCAGAUCCAUUUAGCAGGUCAAGCACCUUCAGCGGCCUUGGGAACUUAGGCAGCAAUGCCUUUGGAGGAUUAGGCAGUCAUACUCUGAGUCACAAUAGCAUUUUUGCUCACAAAGAAGGUCCUAAUGUCCAGAGCUUCAACAACCCCCAUGAGCCAUGGAACAGACUCCACAGGACACCGCCAUCCUUCCCAACACCUCCACAGUGGCCCAAGCCUGGUGAUUCUGAGCGUAGUUCCUCCGUAACAAAUCAUGACCGAGACAGAGAUUCAGAGAAGAGGGAUCUUUCCUCAAGUAAAGAAGACCGCGACAAGGAGAGAGAUCUUCUGGAUAAAAAUAGACAUUCAAAUAGAUCCUCACCAGCUUCAGCUCCAGUGACUCACCAGAUCAGCAACCUCAUUCGCAGCAACAGCCAGACCUCCAAUGAUCCCACCAGGCAAGUUGGCCUCAGUGACAGAGAAAGGUCUAAAGAACCAGAGAGAGAGAUUCCUGACCGGUUGAGGGAUCCUCCUCCAACUGUGGAGCACAAGAUCAAAGAAAGCCGCUCCCCAGUGAAGGAACCACCAAGCCAUGAAAAAAGAUCCUCGGAGGACAACACAAAGCCAGUAAUCCAAUCUGUAUCGCCCUACAGCAAGCCUGCACUGAGCGAGAGUUUAAAACUCAGCAAUCUAAUGAACAAGGACAUUGAAAGAAAGCCAGAGCUUCCAGCCGACCUUCAGAAAAUCAAGAAUGAUAUCAAGGUCAAAGAAGAGCGCAAGGAGGAUGGUGAUGUAUUGGUUGUGAGCUCAGAACCUUCACAGCAUUCCAGAACAGCUGAACACCCACCACCAUCUUCUUUGCAUGGGUUACCAUUGCCCCAUACAAUGGCAGCCACCAUGCCCAUCUCCAUGGGUAGCGUCCAUCAGAUGAACAAUAUGAAUGUUCUAGAUCGUAGCAGAAUGAUGACCCCUCUAAUGGGCAUGAACCCAUUGUCAGGAAGGGAGAGACUUCCCCAUCCUGGCUUUUCCUGGGAUCCAGUGAGGGACCCAUUGCGAGAUGCCUAUCGGAGCUUAGACCUGCAUCGUCGGAUGGACUUCCAGCUCCGAGCAGAUCCCAUCCAUAGGUUCCCCACCACCUCUGGAUUUUAUGAUCACGAGCGUUCUUACCGAGAUAGAGAACCCCAUGACUACAAUCAUGAGAAUCUUCUUGAAGCCAGGCGUGAACAAGAACGGCUCAGGCAAGCAGAGGAAAGGGAGAGGUUGCACUUACGCGAAGAACUUGAGCGUGCCAGGAUGCAUCACUUGCACUCAUCUCCUAUUGAAAGCCACCUGGCACACAUGCCAUCCUUCAUGCCUCAUCUCAGCGGGAUGCAUUAUCCCAGACUCAGCCCCUCUGCUGCCAUGCACAAUGGAAUCUUGAAUAGGAACCCGCCCACCGCCGCUUUGAGUGCCCCGCCCCCUUUGGUACCAGCAAGUAGUACGAGACCUUCCUCCCCACGCCGGACUACUCCACUCACAAGUUCAGAGUCAAGAGACUAUUCUCCUUCUAGGAACCCCAAAGAAGUAGAGGCACGAUAGUCCCUAUCUAACCAACAGGAUGAAUUUUAAAACUCACCUGUAAAUAUAGGAGGGGGAGAACCUUUUAAAAAUGCACUGCUGUAAACUUUUUUAAAACUGUAAAAUUUGUAGAAAUUAAGCACAGUUCCAUAAAUAAUUUGGGAGGGGGAGGGGGGAAAUCAAGGUUAUAAACCUUCCAAACAGAUGGUUGCUGAAAAAUUGAAAUUUAAUAUAUAGGUCUUGAUUAUUUUUCUGUUUUUGUUUUUGCUUCUGUGCUGAGUUAAAAUAUUAUCAAGUUUGUACAUUUUUCCCCAAAUGUGAGAAACAUUUUUAAAGAAUCUGAAUUUUUUUUUAAUUUUGUGCUUUUUAUUCACUUAAAAAGACUUCUGUUUUUAGUUUGAAUUUAACGGCCUCAGAUCCUUAAGUAAAAACAAAACACACCCAGGGUUUCUUAAAGUAUUAUUUAUGGAAAUACUGUAGUUUCGUACAGUCCACUGUGAGGUUCCCAAACUGAGGCUACUCACUUCUCUUGGUACUUUGGAACUGAAGUUACAGAUAUAUAUUAAAAAUAAUAAUAAUAAUAAUAAUGUACAAAACUGUUUGUUUUUUGCCUUAUAUUAUGGAUAAAUGAGAAUUUUUUGACUUGUUUUAAUGACAAAAAAAGAAAACAAUAUGUAAAUAUUCUGUUAAUAUAAAUGUACACCAAUAUUGAAUUCUUAACAUAGGUAGACUUUAUAAAAAAUGGUUUCUAGAACCACUCUCUGGUUAUUUGUUAACAUUAUUCCAAUUCAUCCUUGUCACUGGAUAAAACCCAGCAAAAAAACAAAACAAAACAAAAACAAAACCACCCAAAAAGUUGUGGCAUAUAUAUAUUUCAACUAUGCAAAACAAAUUUUGGAGGCAGGUCCUCGUUGAUGUGGGGAGAGGAGGAUGGGAAGGAAAGUAUUUACAAAACAACCCCCUCCCCUCACACCACCCCCAACUCAUUCACCAAACAUGCAGCUUUGUAGAAAGAAUGGCAAUACUUACAUUUAGAGGCAAGAUUAUAUUAUGCACACAAAACCCUCCCUCCUAAAAAACAAACCCUAAGUUAGUAAUUUUUUUUCAUUUUGUUUGUGUGUUGAACAGAAGGAUAAUCAGUGAGAUAAAGAGAAGCUCCAGAUUAUCUAUAUGGAAAUGUAUACAAUCCAGAUGAAACUGACACAGUAAUAUCCUGCAGAUCUCCCCAACCUCACCCCACCCCUAAUUUUGCCACAGUUGUGGGGUCAGGCACAAGGGUGAGCAAGCACUUUGUACUGUAGAUCCCUUGUGUUCACCGUUCUUGUCAGAAGUGGCGUCGCAGCAAUGCGAGGAGUACGAAAACAAAAGAGGCAAAUUAUUACUUUAAAAAUCUGGUAUGUUCUCUGUAAUUUGCAAUGAGCUGUUCAAAUGUUUGUUUCAGUAUGAAUUCUGCCUUGCAAGUCCCACCCCAUCUCCAUAAUUUUUUGGCACCGUUCCUAGUUUCAUUUACAAUGUUAUGUUGCAUAGGUGAGUUUUGUUAGGCCUCAAUGAAAUGGAAUAUAUGCGGUUUCUUUUUUUUAUAUAUUCUGUCUUUCAAACUGGUUGCUCAACAGAAAAAGUAGAAAGGCAGAGGGGAUACAACAGUUGACUGGCAGGGAUGCUUUCUCUUUUUAACAAGUCCCAGCACACAAUUGGAUUGGGGAGGGAUGUUGCACACAGAGCAUUAUGUUGUGCAUGCGGGGGCCCCAUUGUGCUAGGGACGCACGUACAGAAGCUGCCUGCUGCAGGCUUCGUGCUUGAGUUUCUCCUGUACAGUCCCAUAGUACAAGCUUUUUCUUAUUAUUUUUUUUCCGUAUGUCUACCAUGUCCACAUUUUAUAUUAUUCUACUAGGCUACUGCUGUCGGGUAACAAAGAUCUGCUGGUAUUUUCUUCCUUGACUUUCUGUAUUUCCUUCCCAACCCCACCUUCAUCCUUCUCCCGGCAUCCCUGUAAUUUUAAACAUUUGGUUUCUCUGUAGAUCAUUGAAGAUAAAUACAACAUUGAUUUUGGAUGAAAAAAAGGUAGUUAAGUGUUUGUGUGUCAGAUCUAGUCAGAGCGACUGCCGGGAGGGAGAGGGAGAGUAAAUGGUUUAUUGAUGAACGUGCUCAGCCUAUUAACGCGGCUAGACCUUUGGCAAAUUUGGAUCAUUAAAGAGUCAUGCGGUUCAUCUGGGAGUUUGCUGUUUUCUGAAUGCAGCUUGCCAAGUCCAAGGCGGCUUGUGGCCCAGGUUGGUACACACGGCACACAUUACUGGGGCUGUCACCGAUUCUGGGCCUAGUAUGAAGUGCUACAACCGUACCAAACAGUGCAGAGAUUUCAUGGGACGAGGUGGCAGAAGAUCAUUCAGUUUCUUUGUAUUUCUGCCUCAAGGAACUUUCUUCUUCUUCUU